AUGUAAAAGUUUCAGGUUGUUUAGCAUGAAUAGUAUUGGUGAUAAAUGCACACCGCUAAAAGCUGAGUACGAUAAAUGCUUCAAUCACUGGUUUCGUGAGCAUUACAUGAAGGGCGAUACACAAGACACCUGUGCGGAAAUUUUCAAGAAAUACCAAACGUGUGUAAAGGGUGUUAUGAAGGAGCAGGGCAUGGACUUUACAGAGUUAGAAAAAUCAGUUCUUGGAACAGAAAACGAAAAGAAAGAGCCAACCAACACCGCUGAGAAGUAGAGGCGGAAUGAUCAUGAAAACUUUUACUGUCUAUAUCUCAGCUUUUGUUUUAAGGAUAUUUUUGUUGCUAUAUGGCAUGUGGCAAGAUUUAUACAUGAAAGUAAAAUUCACAGACGUUGAUUACUUUGUGUUUAGUGAUGCUGCUGAGUUUGUUAGCCUUGGUCAAUCACCUUACCUACGAGCUACAUAUCGAUAUUCCCCAUUGCUAGCGUGGAUUCUUGUACCCAAUAUAUACCUCACUCCAGUUUGGGGAAAACUGAUUUUUAUUGCUGCAGAUUUUGCAACAGCCUAUCUUAUUCAAUGCAUUUUGGAAUUACAAUGUGUCUCAAAAAAACUUAUCUCAUUAUCCUUAUGCACCUGGCUGUUUAACCCCUUAACUGCCAUGAUCUCUUGUAGAGGCAAUGCAGAGUCAAUUCUGUCUAUGAUAGUUUGUUGUACACUGUAUCUUUUAUUUAAGAAAUACACAUUUCUUGCAGGGAUUUUAUUUGGAUUGGCUGUUCACUUAAAAAUUUACCCUGUAAUUUAUAUUCUAUGCAUCUUUUUGUUCCUGGGUAGCAGUUUUGACAAUGGUAGAAACAGAGUUGUCCUGUGCGAGUUAAUUAAUAAUUUAAAAGGUGGGAAAAUCAAAACCAUUUUUGGGAAAUUACUCAGUGGUAAAAGACUUGCAUUCUUCUCAGCUUUUCUUGUGUGCCUUGUCAGUUUAACAAUGAUUAUGUAUAAAAUUUACGGGUUUCCUUUUUUGGAGCACACCUACUUAUACCAUGUCACACGCAAAGAUAUUCGCCAUAACUUUUCAGUAUACUUUUACAUGCUGUAUUUGGACCCUAGUACAUUACAUGGUCUGCUUUGUUUCUUUAACCAAGCGUUGCUGAUGGGCAUAUUAUCGUACACACACUACGAAGACCUGCCCUUUUGCCUAUUUCUCCUCACCUAUGUAUUUGUAACUUUUAACAAAGUGUGCACAUCGCAGUACUUUAUAUGGUACGUCUCCCUGCUGCCAUUUCUUGUUCCCAAAUUAAGGCAUAUUGGUUUAAAAAAAUGUCUGUUGGUAAUUAUUUUGUGGUUUGUAGGACAGGGCUUUUGGCUUGCUGCAGCAUACCUACUUGAGUUCGAAGGCAGAAAUGUUUUUACUGUUUUAUGGAUUGCUGUAAUUGUGUUUUUCCUGAUUAAUGUUUUUAUUGUGAAGUGGUUUAUUACCAACUAUGAUUUUUCCCCUGUUUUUACUUCAAAUGGAGUGAUAAAACCUAUAAAGUCAUUUAAAACUGCUUAAAAUAGAAUAACAAUAAAUGCAACUGUCAGAAUAUGAUAAAAUUAAUGAUAUUUAACCGAUGAUGUAAUUAAUAAAAUGUAAUUUGAGCUUGUUUUCCUCAAUUUAAUCUACAUUAAUUAUACAGUUUUCUGAGUUCCGGUUAUGUGCUGUAUAAGUUAGAUCAACCGGCCGAAAUCAUUGAUUAAACUUUGCUUUCCUAAUCAUAAGGAAUAAAUAAAGUUCUGCUUCAUUAUACUUUGCAUGUUAUUUCAUGUGUCAGGUUAAUUUUGUGUUUCUUAG